UCCAAAUCUCCUUGAAAACCGACAGCAUUUUCUCAGCUCCUGCCUCAAUCUUUCCCCUCUUUCAACCGUUCACAUCGCCCAAAAAAAAAAAAAAAAAAAAAGGCAAAAAAGGAAGAAGCAGAUUUUGGCAUUAAGAAUUAAUAUAAGAAAGAAAUGGCCGAUGCAGCUGUAGAAUUUCUGCUAGAAACCCUAAAGCAACUGCUUCUUUACAGUGUUGAUCUGAUUCGUGACGUGAAGAGUGACGUUGAAUCUCUGUACAACGAGUUAGAUUUGCUAAAAGGUUUUCUCAAGGACUCGACAGAAAAGCGGAAUAGCAACGAAUAUAUGAAAUCAGUGGCGAGACAAACCAGGGAAGUGGUAUAUAAUGCAGAAGACGCUGUUGAAACAUUUGUUUCGCUUACAUCUGUUCCGAAGACCAAAAGCUACUUUGAAAAAGCUCUCCACGGCAAAAAUUAUGUGGCAAAUCUUCGAAAUGUGGCUGAAGAGGUUAAAUCCAUCAUGACGAUGGUGAAGAAUAUGUAUGAUAGCAAGAAGAUUGGUUUUGCUGCACUGCAAUAUGGGGAGGGAUCUGAAAGAAUUACAACAAAGAGAAAGGUUCCCAUUGUAGAGGAAGAAAACGUGGUGGGCUUUCAAGAUGAGGCAGAAAAAUUGAUCAAACUUCUGAAUGAAGGAUUGGAGGAACUAGAAGUUAUCUCAAUCAUUGGUAUGCCUGGCCUCGGUAAAACGACACUGGCUAAAAUUAUAUUUCGCGAUCCUAAAAUUGAAUAUGAAUUCUACAAUCGUGCAUGGGUCUAUGUUUCUCAAGAAUAUAGUAAAAAAGAGGUGUUCCUAAAGAUUUUGGGACAGCUUAUCAAGCUUACCGAUGAUAUGUAUAAGAUGGAUGCUGAAAGAUUAGCUAAUGAACUUCAUAGAUUUUUGGAGAAAGGAAAAUAUUUGAUUGUCAUGGACGAUGUUUGGAAAGAAUAUGUUUGGGAUGAUCUCAAACUGGCUUUUCCCAAGAACAAGAAUCGGAGUAGAAUUUUACUGACUAGUCGUAUACUUAGUGUAGGUAAACACGCAAACCCAAAUAGGGAUCCUCAUUGCUUGCGUUUUUUAACUCCUCAUGAAAGUUGGACAUCACUCCAACAGAAGGCACUAGGCACAAAGCAGUGCCUUGAUCAAGAGUUGAUAGAGCAUGGAAAACGUAUAGCCAAAGAAUGUGAGGGACUACCACUCGCAAUAGGGAUAAUUGGAGGAGUUCUUCUAGGAAAAGGUAUCGAAAUUUAUUGGUGGGAGAAAGUCGCGGGGAGGGUGCAUGCAUAUUUAAACCUAGACCGGGAGGAACGCAUGGAUAAACUUAUAGCACUUAGCUUCCAGAACUUACCGUAUCACUUGAAAGCAUGUUUUCUCUAUUUUGGGAUGUUCCCAGAAGACUUCGAAAUCCCAGUGUCGAAAUUGCUUCAGCUGUGGACUGCUGAAGGAUUCAUACAAAAAGAAGAAGGGAUGAACUUGGAGGAUAUUGCAGAGGAAUACUUGGAGGAUCUUGUCAACAGGAAUUUAGUAAUGGUUGGAAAAUGGAAGUCAAAUGGUAAAGUUAAAAUAUGCCACGUUCAUGACAUGCUCCAUGAGUUUUGCAAGAAGGAAGGUGCAGAACAAAAUUUUUUCUAUGAAAUUAAAGAGUUCAAUCGAGGUACCUAUUCAUUUUCCAGUACCCUUCCCUUUGAUGAGUACCGUCGUCUUGGCGUUCAUUCUGGCAUUUCUAAUUUUAUCUCGUCUAAACAAUUUGGUCCUCGUGUUCGGUCUUUGUUGUGUUUCUCUGGCGAAGAUAUUACAUUGUCACUCGAUCAUGUUUCUUCCAUCCCUGGAAGCUUUAAGUUGCUCAGGGUGUUAGAUGGUAGACCCAUCACUUUCCCUCGUUUUCCUUCUGACCUAACUCAAUUGAUUCAUUUGAGGUAUCUUGUUCUCUCCAUUGCCUUCCAAGUGCUUCCCGCAACUAUUUCCAACCUCAGGAACUUGCAAACUCUCAUAGUCGUGACAUCGUUACGCACCCUUGAAAUCAAAGCAGACAUAUGGAAGAUGAUUCAGCUCAGGCAUCUUGAAAUAAAUGCAUCCACAUCUUUGCCCAAAACAGGUAAGAGUAAAGAAGACUCUUUGAUGCGAUUGCCAGCUGUCCUUACCAAAACUAGAAAAUGUAAAGAAGACUCUUUGAAAAGUGGUAGCCUAGUAACACUUUCUACAAUAUCUCCUGAGAGUUGUUCUGAAGAUGUCUUUGCUGCAGCUCCAAACUUAAAGAAAUUGGGUAUUCGCGGCCAAUUAUUUAAACUUCUGGGGGAUAAGGGUGGAUCUACUUUGUUCGACAGUCUGGGGAAAAUUUUGGUUAAUCUUGAAAAUUUGAAGCUAAUGAAUGAUGUAUUUCCGGGGUCACCUGCUGAAGGAAAACUAAGCCUACCUCAAAUGUACAAAUUUCCACCGAAGCUAAACAAGCUAACGCUAUCAGACACACUGCUUGAUUGGAAGCACAUGUCUACGCUGGGAAAAUUGGAAAACCUUGAGAUUCUCAAGUUGAAAGACAAUGCAUUUGAGGGAAUAAUGUGGCAGGCAGAGGAGGGAGGUUUUCGUGCUCUCAGGAUCUUGCAUAUUGGAAAGACAAAUUUAGUUUCUUGGAAUGCUUCAGCAGAUCAUUUUCCAAAACUUUGGCGUCUUUAUCUUAAACACUGCAGUUAUCUCUAUGAAGUGCCAUCAGGCCUUGGUGACAUUUCAAGCCUACAAAUAAUGGACUUGUACUGUACCUCCAAAUCAGCUGCUGCUUCUGCCCGAAAAAUUGAACUGCUUAAAAAGAACUUUCAAGACCAGCAAAGCACCAAAGGCAGUGGAUUUCAGCUUAACAUUUAUCCUCCAGACGCUCCAGCCAAAAAUCAGUGAUCACACGCGGGGAUAUACUGUAAAAGCUUGCAAAUAAAUCAAUGAGUAACAAUGCCAAGAAUGUUGAACAAAUGGAGUUUUGAUGCACGGUGACAUGGGUUUGCUUCCGGAUCUCAUUAUGCUAGCUGGAAUGAAACAAACUGUUGUCCUCAGUUUAUUGUAUGUUAAACUUGAGAAAUUUUGCAUUUUAUUUUGUAUAAUGUGUUGAAAUAUUGGUACUUUUGACCUUGCAUCUGUGUUAUGACUUCUGAGUUGUUUUUGUGGUUGAGUGAUCUUGACAUUGAAAAAUGAAACUUGCAUUUCAUUGAA